GUGGAAAGGACGGGGGUCGGGGGGGGGGAAUGGACGCAGAGACGCUAAGCAUCUGUACCAAACGAUGAAGGUUGUGUCAGAUUCAGCGGUGUUUGCUUAAAAAUAAGAAAAAGGAAGAGCAGCUGUCAUCAUGUAUGGUUUUGUGAAUCACGCCUUGGAGCUCCUCGUCCUGAGGAAUUAUGGACCGGAAGUGUGGGAAGACAUCAAGAGGGAGGCUCAACUCGAUAUUGAGGGUCAGUUCCUCGUUAGAAUCAUAUAUGAAGAUGCCAAAACAUAUGAUCUAGUUGCGGCUGCAAGUAAAGUUCUCAAGAUCGAUGCAGGAGACAUCUUGCAGAUGUUUGGGAAGAUGUUUUUUGAAUUUUGCCAAGAGUCAGGAUAUGACACCAUCUUGCGAGUGUUAGGAUCAAAUGUUCGUGAAUUCCUGCAGAAUUUGGAUGCUCUACAUGACCACCUGGGUACUAUUUAUCCCGGGAUGAGGGCUCCUUCAUUUCGCUGCACCGACGCAGAGAAGGGAAACAAUCUGAUUCUUCACUACUACUCAGAGAGAGAAGGCCUGCAAGACAUUGUGAUUGGCAUCAUUAAAACUGUCGCUCAACAAAUCCACGGAACAGAGAUAGAGAUGAAGAUGAUCCAACCGAAAAGCGAGGAGUGCGACCACAUCAAGUUCCUCAUUGAGGAGAAGGACUCAGAAGAGGAGGCGUUCUACGAGGAUCUGGACGGUUUCGAGGAGAACGGCACGCAGGAGACUCGGAUCAGUCCGUACACGUUUUGCAAGGCCUUCCCAUUCCACCUCAUGUUUGACAAGGACCUGAUGCUCACACAGUGUGGGAAUGCCAUUUAUCGAGUCCUGCCACAGCUCCAGCCCGGUACCUGUAUCCUCCCGUCAGUUUUCUCUUUGGUCCGUCCUCACAUUGACUUCAGUUUUCACGGCAUCCUUUCCCACAUCAACACCGUCUUUGUUCUGCGAAGCAAGGAGGGCCUGCUCAAUGUGGAGACUGUAGAGAACGAGGACGAGCUGACGGGGGUGGAGAUCAGCUGUCUGAGAUUGAAAGGACAGAUGAUUUACUUGCCAGAGGCGGAGAACAUCCUUUUUCUUUGCUCACCCAGUGUCAUGAACCUAGAUGAUCUAACACGAAGGGGGCUAUACCUGAGCGACAUCCCGCUACACGACGCCACGCGUGACCUGGUGCUGCUGGGCGAGCAGUUUCGCGAGGAGUACAAGCUGACCCAAGAACUGGAAAUCCUGACAGAUCGUCUGCAGCACACACUCCGGGCCCUGGAGGACGAGAAAAAAAAGACAGACAGAUUGCUCUAUUCCGUUCUGCCGCCAUCUGUCGCCAACGAGCUGCGACACAAACGGCCCGUCCCGGCAAAACGCUACGACAACGUGACCAUCCUCUUCAGUGGCAUUGUGGGAUUCAAUGCCUUCUGCAGCAAGCACGCCUCAGCGGAGGGAGCCAUCAAGAUAGUCAACCUGCUCAACGAUGUUUACACACGUUUUGACAUCUUGACAGACUCUCGCAAGAACCCUUAUGUAUACAAGGUGGAAACAGUGGGUGAUAAGUACAUGACUGUGAGUGGCCUCCCUGAGCCCUGCACACACCACGCCAAGUCAAUCUGCCACCUCGCUCUUGAUAUGAUGGAGAUCGCUGGACAAGUCAAAGUGGAUGACGAACCAGUACAGAUUACUAUUGGGAUCCACACAGGAGAGGUGGUGACUGGGGUGAUUGGCCAGAGGAUGCCCAGAUAUUGCCUUUUUGGAAAUACGGUCAACCUCACAAGUCGUACUGAAACUACUGGUGAAAAGGGGAAAAUAAAUGUCUCAGAAUAUACGUAUCGGUGUUUGCAAUCUGCUGAGAACGCCGACCCUCAGUUUCAUUUGGAGUAUCGGGGCCCUGUCACCAUGAAAGGAAAGAAGGAGCCGAUGAAGGUGUGGUUUCUCUCCAGGAAGCCCACGGACACAGAGUCCAGUACAGUUAAAGCUUAACUGUUCAACACUAAAACAUCAAGAGUGAUAAUUUAUCCACAGACAUGCAGAUAUUUUUAAUAUUAAGAACCACAGUUGUUUUUUUUCCAGUGUGAACAUGAACUUGUUUCCCUGCUUGUUUUUCUGCUCGACCUUAAUCUGCCACGACCUCACUAGAUUUUUUUUAGCGUACACACAAUACUGCAGUGUUUCAUGAACAGCAAAGGUUAGUGAUAGAGCAUAUGGUACAUUAGUUUGAUACAUUUUUGGACAAAAUACACUCACACUGUUGUUGUAUAGAGGUUUUGAUUAAGCAAACCAUGACAUCUAUCUAAAAAUGUUUUUGCAAAUUUUGUCACAUACUGUAUUUGUUCUGAAGCCUGCCAAAAAUACUGAGAGUCUAUAGUCUUUACUCUGUCAGCCAAAAUAACUUAUUUCACUUUAGAUGAAUAAAAUACAGUAUUUUUCAAUUAACAUUUUCACUUUUAGAAUUACAAUAAUAGAAAAGAUACUUUAGCUUAGCAUCAUUAGUGCCAUCAUUGGAUGUGAGAUAUAUAAUGUUUUACACUGAAUAUAUUACACUGUCAUCAAGACCAUUAAAAUAAAAUAAGAAGUUAGAUAUUAUAGCUGUUGUGUUUAUAUAGAUUUAUAUCACCAUGCUCAUUAGUUAUUUGGCACAAAAGCUGCUGUUCACAGAUGUAUCUGUAUGUUUAGUUAUUUUUUAAAAAUCACAAAUGAUACAGUGUUGAGCCAUUAGUAAACCUGUGUCCUCAUGUAUCUGUCACAGAACUAUAUAAUAGUCCCAUAAAUAAAAACGCACACUAUACACUACUUUAUUUAAUAUAUUUAUUGCAGCACUCUACUUAUCGCACAUUCACGUUUUGUCUGCUUCUAUGAAAUAAUAUUGAGUUUUAUUUUCAGUUCUACUGAAUGUUGUCGAGAUAUUAUUAAAGAUCUACUUAUUUAUUGUUAACAUCUUGUUACUUUGUAUUUAUUCUUCUAAAUGUAAUGAUCACCUUUAGAAAAGGAAAAAAAACUAUAGUACAUUUUAUUAUGGACGAAACUACUGUAUGUGCCUCCAUCAUAUUUAUAAUUAAAGUAAAACUUUGUGCUUUAUGUGUUUGAUUAAUUUCACAUGUGUAUAUGUACUGUACUUCUUAACAUUUUCCCAAAUUCAUUAUUAUUAUCAGUACUAUUAUUAUUACACCUCACAUAAUGUCCUUUGUGAGAAAUCCCCUCCAACAAAUCCAGCCUCUUGUGCAAGAAACAGGUGCCUCUUGUACCGUAUGAGUGCAUUUCUGUGGUUGUAAGACACAAUUGUUUUGUUUUAAUAAUGUUUUUGUUUGGAGGUUAACUAAUAAAUAUAGUCCUCAGAA